ACCUCAUCAACUUGCUUUGCCCAAAGUCAAUUUUUACCACGUAAAAAAAAAAUAAAUAAAAAAAUUAAAAUUCCGGAAUCAAAACCAAAAUCAGCGAAGGGUAGCACGAUUUCACCUUCAACGAAGAAGGAACAUGAACCUCCUCCUUCUUAUUCUCUGUUUCAUCUCCUUCUACACUCCAACAACUGCUGGCAAUGGAAGCAAAACAGAAGAAAGGGUGAUUCAAACAAAAGGUGUCUAUGAUUCUGUGCUUUGGGUGGUUCAAUUCUCCGACCUCCAUUUCAGUGUUCACCAUCCUGACAGAGCCAUCGAUUUCCAUGACCUCGUGGGACCCGCACUUUCCUUCAUCAACCCCUCCUUGGUCCUCAUCACUGGUGAUCUUACUGAUGGAAAAAGCAAGGACUUAUUAACAAUGAAGCAAAAUGAGGAUGAGUGGAUGGAAUACUAAGAAUUUGAAAUUUUAAUGUGAUAUCGAUCAUGCAUGCCAAUCUAAAAUAGGACAAUCAAAAGUAUUUACUAUCAAUCGUUUACAUUUUUUUGUGUGGGGGUGGGGUAAUGAAAUUCACGGUAAUAGUGACGUA